AAGGAUUAUGUCCAAUUCUAAUUUGAUGCUCAUAUUUUUAUUGAGAGUGGGGAUUAGCAUCAAAACGUUCAUCUGUCGUUGUCGCUAAAGAUGGCUAACUGGGCUAGCUAGUAAUCAUGUUUGCGCCUUGCCUUGCCUUGCCAGCGAAACGCACUAGCCACGACUUGGCACUAAACUACCCAGCCGGUCCGCUUUUAAGUAAACAAAAAAAUAAAUGUUUGCAACCUAUUGUUAUAUAGCUAGGCAAACUUCACAAUUUAACGGUUGCAGGUUUAAGCGAUAUUUUACAAACUAGUUAAUCUGCGAUAUCUUCUAUCUGAAAUACGGACGGGUAGCUCCCUAAAAAAUCAUCUAGAUGAUUUUGUUAUUGCGAGUUUAUUAGGUAAUGACUGCGAUGUACCCAACGUGAGAUAAAAUUAUGGAUGUCCAUGCAGUCAAUCACAUCUUAACACAGUCAGCAGGUUAUGCAUAGAUACAACGUUUAGGCCAAUGCAUUUCUGGCAGGUAGCUGAAAUGGAUCUAUAACUGGACCGUCAAUUAUCUGUUCUCCCACGCUUACACCGAAAGGCUUCCCCUACAUCAUUUUUGGAAUGGUCUUUUGUGUUUAUUUUUCUACCAGUGAAAGUGUGAAGUUACUGCUAUGGAUAAGAUACGAGGCACUCCUCAGGUGGUGGCGUGUGGGUGCUGAUGGGGGACGAAAAGGACACCUGGAAAGUGAAAACACUUGACGAGAUUCUCCAAGAGAAGAAACGUAGAAAAGAGCUGGAGGAGAGGACUGAGCCCAAGUGCCAGAAAAAUUUCGCUCCGUGCCCUGUUCCACAGACGGAUGAUCGGGAAGCCAAACGUGACACUCCGGAGGAAGGAGAACUACGGGAUCACAGAAUGGAAAUAACAAUUCAUAAUUCCCCGUACGUACGGGAAGACACUACUGAAGACAGUCUCAUUUUCACAAAUUCCAGGGGAGAAGAGGAUGAAUCACUUGCUAUCAAACCUCCGCAGCAAAUAGCCAGGAAAGAUAAAUCUCACCAUAGAAAGGAAGAGAAGAGAAAGGAUAAAAGACGCCAUCGUAGCCACUCGGCAGAAGGAGCAGGGAAACACGUGCGUCCCAAAGACAAAGAGAAGGAGCGGGAGAGUGAGCGUAGGAAACGCCAGUGGGAGGAGCAGGAGAAAGCCCGCCGAGACUGGGAGAGGCAGAAACGAAGAGAGCAGGCCAGAGCUCACUCACGCAGAGAGAGAGCCCCUGACAGGAUUCCCCCGUCUUCCCCGGACUACAGGGACAGGCUGGAGCAGGUAGAGCGUCAGCGAGAGCGUGACAGGAAGCUCCGCGAACAGCAGCAGAAGGAGCAACGUGAGCAGAAGGAGAGGGAGAGGCGGGCUGAGGAGCGCCGCAAGGAGCGUGAGGCACGCAGAGAAGUGCCAUCCCACCGUGGGAUACCUGAUGAGUAUGGCGACAAGCCCAAACAGAGCCACCGCAGCCGUAGUCCCAGCCGGGCUCCCCGGGACCGGCCGGAGCACAGCGAGCCUCGCAGGAGUGGCGUUGUAAAGGAGGACAAGCCUGAGAACUUGAAUGACCUGCUGUCAGACCUGCAGGACAUCAGUGACAGCGAGAGGAAGACCAGCACGGCUGAGUCCUCCGUGGGCUCAGGAUCAGGCUCUGAUGAGGAAGAGGAUGAUGAAAACGAGUCCAGCAGCCAGAGUGAGGGAGAGGAGGAAUCUGGGUCUGGUUCUGCAGGAUCUGACCAGACUGCAGGUAUGGAGAACUACGAGGACGUGAGUGAAGAGGAGCAGUCUGAAGGGGAGUUCGAAGAGGACAGGGAAAACGGCAUCCACAUUCCUCCAGUGCCAGAGUCACGUUUUGACCACGACACAGAGGAAAGCGGUGAGGAAAUGGAGGAGGAUGAAGAGGAUGAAACGGGGGAGGGAGAUGUCACACCCCAGUCUCAAACUCACUCCCGCUCAGUCACCCCUGAGGAGAACUACAUUCCCGACUCUCCACCCAUCUCUCCUGUGGAACUGAAGAAGGAGCUGCCCAAAUAUCUGCCUGCCCUUCAGGGCUGUCGAAGUGUUGAGGAAUUCCAGUGUCUCAACCGGAUAGAGGAAGGGACCUACGGGGUGGUGUACAGAGCCAAGGAUAAAAAGACAGAUGAGAUUGUGGCCUUGAAAAGACUGAAGAUGGAGAAGGAGAAGGAGGGAUUCCCUAUCACAUCGCUGAGAGAGAUCAACACCAUCCUGAAAGCACAACAUCCAAACAUUGUCACUGUCAGGGAAAUUGUUGUAGGAAGCAACAUGGAUAAGAUCUACAUAGUGAUGAAUUAUGUGGAACACGACCUGAAGAGUCUGAUGGAGACCAUGAAACAGCCGUUCCUUCCAGGGGAAGUGAAAACCCUGAUGAUUCAGCUGUUGAGAGGUGUCCGCCAUCUCCAUGACAACUGGAUUCUCCACCGUGACCUGAAGACGUCUAACCUGCUGCUCAGCCACAAGGGCAUUCUCAAGAUUGGGGACUUUGGUUUGGCCCGAGAGUAUGGCUCUCCCCUGAAGCCGUACACCCCUGUGGUUGUGACCCUGUGGUACCGCUCACCAGAGCUGCUGCUGGGAGCUAAGGAGUACUCCACGGCUGUGGACAUGUGGUCUGUGGGCUGCAUAUUUGGCGAGCUCCUUACCCAGAAACCUCUUUUCCCUGGAAAAUCUGAAAUUGACCAAAUUAACAAGAUAUUUAAGGAUUUGGGGUCUCCCAGUGAGAAGAUCUGGCCAGGCUACAACGAGCUCCCUGCAGUGAAGAAGAUGACUUUCACAGAGUACCCGUACAACAACCUGCGCAAGCGCUUCGGAGCGCUCCUAUCAGACCAAGGCUUUGACCUUAUGAACAAGUUCCUCACUUACUGCCCUAGCAAGAGAAUCUUGUCGGACGAGGGACUGAAGCAUGAAUACUUUCGUGAGACGCCGCUUCCCAUUGAACCGUCCAUGUUCCCCACCUGGCCAGCCAAGAGCGAGCAGCAGAGGGUGAAGAGAGGCACCAGCCCCCGACCCCCGGAGGGAGGACUGGGCUACAGUCAGCUGGGUGAUGACGACCUGAAGGACACAGGGUUCCACCUUACAUCCAGUAACCAGGGAGCUUCUGCAGUGGGACCAGGGUUCAGCCUUAAGUUCUGAACAUCUGGACAAAUUUGGGUGUUGGAGAAAACAACCAACAACCUUAGAGCAAUUUAUCAUGGGACAUAUAGGCAUUUUCUGCAGGACUCAAUGUGGAAUUGCCAUUUAUCGAAUAGCAAAACCAUGAUGUGGGUUAAGACUUUCACACAACUGAACAAUGGGACAGGCCUAAACCUACCGAAAAUGUGUUGAGUUUCUUUCUCCAUCCAUAACGCAUCCAACUGUAAUAGUCUUUUAAAGAUUUUCACACACGUUUGAGCUCCUAUGGAAAGACAUAUACCGUAUUUUUCAAUUGUCCCGUCUGUGAUUUGGUCGUUAAAUGUUUAUUUUUUCUUCUUUUUUAUGCCACGUAAGAGGACCAGAUUUUAAUUGGAUGGCAUUUCCUGAGUGCUGGAGCUACUGUAUAAUAGUCUAUUAGGUCUCUUUCAGCUCUCUUAUAUUGUAAGAACAUUUAAACUAUGGUUGUCAGCUUGUAGACUGGACAAUUGACCAUUGUUUUUGCUAAAAAAUAAAUAUUGAAACUUUAUUUUGUCUGCCCAUAUUUAUAAAUGCUGUCUGCGCUAUGCAAACACACACCACAUACUGCCAACAGAAAAGGCCCCAAAAAAUCCGGCCUUGAACCCAGCUCGGUAGUAGCUGUCCAAGAGUGAUGUCAUUCUUUGCACUGCACACUUUGUUUCAGUACUUUGUUCUUUCAGAGAAAAAAAAGACACAGACUUCGCCCCUCCCUUUGUUGUUAAAGUGGCUCUGCGAUUUUAGGACUAAACUAAUAAAUUCUUUCAUUUUCAAGCUGGAUAAAAAUAAGCGGUGCAGUCUAAUUCCUUCGA